CUAGCAAAGUGACGUCUGGAAUUGCAUUGUUGGGAUUUAAAUUUUUUGGACUGGCGGCAAAAGGACAGGGUUUGAACCCAAUUACUGGUUACCUGCGGUCGCAGAUUUCCGCGAAGUCAGUAGCGGAUGCAGGCAGGCAGAACGUAAAGCGCGAUCCUGUAAUGUAUAUAAGCAACCGCAGCCGUUCAGAAUCAAGCCAGAACAUGGAGACCUCGGAAGCGGUGAAUACGUGUGCGGAGGGAGAUCAGCUCAAUGGAUCCUUCCGCCUGCAGUGCUCCAUGUCCUCCCUGGACAUGGAGAAUGAGAGCGAUCUUUCGCUGGCCUUCGAACGCGAGGAGCAGUCCCCCGAUGGCAGCUGCGACGAGCUGCCGGCCUUCGAGAUCCGCGCCUUCUCGCCCCACGGACGCACCCCCUCGCCCAUCGACGACCUCAACCUGUCGGACAUCGAGACGCCCAAGCAGACGGCGCGCCAGCAGCAGCUCCCGGUGGACGAGGAGGAGGAGCCCUCCCGCCAGAACGACCCCCAGUACGUGGCGCUGCACGAGAUCAACGCCCAGAUCAGUCCACCCAGCGACGCCGACGACUCCAACAGCUUGGAGACGAUCUUCGAGGGCGUCUUCCUGAGCACCCCGCCUCGCGAGAAGGCCGCCAACUCCGGCAAUUCCCGCUUCACUCCCAAGCGCAGCCGGGCGAAUCUCAUCGAGCUAAUGGCCAUCGGCAACCGCCUGCAAACCGGUGGCAAGGAGAACCAGUCGCCGGGAGCGCGAUUGCCCGGCCUUCAGUCACCAUCGCCGCUCAAGGACCACCCCACCUAGUGACCCCCACCGAAGCGAUCCCAACCAAAGCCAUGGAGCUAGCGCUCAGACUGCCAUCGAUGAUCUAGACUAAGUUACAAUUUACCUGAAUGUGUGGAUAGAAAUCCCAGCGGCCGGCAGGUGUACACCCUAAUGUGUAUCCUGAUCCCCGGCUGAUCCUUAAGUUCACCCUAGCUACGUGCCCUGCGUUUCCCAAUGUCAGGCUAGAUGUUUAUGUAGUGGUAAAUAAAGAUUGUCUUUCCAUGUUUCAAACAUUAA